UCAUUCCCAUCACCUCAGCACGUACGAACGAGAGUGAUCGAUCGCUAGCUCGCCGAGAUCACCAGCCUCCUCGUCUUCUUCUUCUUCUUCCUCUCGAUCUCGAGGAGGGUGCCAUGGGUACCAUGGUUGGCCAUGUCGCGCCGGGCGCCGGCUUCAUCCUCAUCGGCAUGUGGCAGCUGUUCAACCACAUCCGGCUGUUCGCGCUGCGGCCGAGCUCGUACGCGGCGCCGGUGUGGUUCCCGGUGCGCGGGGUGCGCCACCUGGAGCUCAUACUGGUGAUCGUCGGCGCGGCUAUCUCCAUCCUGAUGGAGCUCGUGAUCGGGCCGGCGAGGCACCAGCCGUUCGACGACGACGGGACCAUCCCCUCCAACCACCUCCACAACUUCGAGCACGCGUCCAUCUCGCUCGCGCUGCUGGUCUACGCCGCGGUGACUAUCCACAUGGACAGGGCCAGGGCGCCCAUGCGCGACGCCGUGUCGCAGCUGGUCGCCGCCGCGGCGUUCGCGCAGCAGCUGCUCAUCUUCCACCUCCACUCCGCGGACCACAUGGGCGUGGAGGGGCAGUUCCACUGGCUGCUGCAGACGGUGAUCGCCGUCACGCUCGCCACCACGGUGCUCGGGAUCCCCUGCCCCAGGAGCUUCGCCGUCAGCCUCGUCCGGUCGGCGAGCCUCGUGUUCCAGGGCGUCUGGUUCGUCGUCAUGGGCGUCAUGCUCUGGACCCCGGCGCUCAUCCCCAAGGGCUGCUUCCUCAACCUCGAGGAAGGCCACGACGUCGUCCGGUGCCGCACCGAUGAGGCGCUCCACCGCGCCAAGUCGCUCGUCAACCUCCAGUUCAGCUGGUACCUCACCGCCACCGUGGUGUUCGUCGUCGUGUUCUACCUCCACCUGACGAAGCUGUACCCGGAGGAGCCGAGGUACUUGCCGCUGGUCAAGGGCGGCGGCGGCGGCGGCGACGGUGACAGCGACGGCGGCAGGUUCAGCAUCGGAGACGACGAGGACGACCUCGAGGCCGCGAAAGGUGGCUUCGGACACGUGGCGGGUGGCGGGAACGCCGUUGAAAUCGAGCGGUAAUUUACUCCGCGAUUCCGUGUCAGAGGAAGAAACAAAUGUCAGGAUGGCUAUGUGAUUAGAUUGAAAAACGAGGGCCUAUGUGUAAAUAAUAGUAUUUCUUUUUAAAAAAUAUUUUUAGUAGUACUAUAGGGAAUUAGUGAUUUGUGUGUGAGUGAACAAGCUGAUCGACCCAUAAAUUUGGGUAAAUCUCAUGCUUGGAUCGCUUCAAUUUGUUUAGUCAAGAGUGUCUGAUAUCACAAGGGUUAAAUUGAUCCAUGGAUGUCGCAUUUGGUUGGUUAUGUCUGUACUCUAGCCAUAUGAGUGGAGAUUUUGCACACAACGGAAAACCUUUUCAUC